UCACUCACUCACUCUUUCUCUCUGCUGAUAGCUACCUAUCCUGAAUUGUAGGAUUAAUGUUUCACAGCCGGUCUAAGAAAAAUCUGAGGACACAAAUGGUACAUAUGUGGGGUCUGGAAUGGAUGUGUCUCAUUAUUGUAGGCACUGUCUCUCCAGUGAGUGCUGCACGUAACCUGCCUCAGUGCAUGGAGGGGGAUUACUAUUUUGAGUACACAGAGUGCGACAGCAGUGGCUCGAGAUGGAGAGUGGCCAUUCCUCAAAAGCCAGGCGAGUGCAAGGGACUACCAGACCCUGUGCAAGGCACUGACUGCACAUUCUCCUGUGGAGCUGGGGAGUUUUUGGAGAUGACUUCACAAGAGUGCACUCAGUGUGCAGCCGGGUCCUUCUCACUAGGCAGCGGUAUCCGCUUUGACGAGUGGGAUGACAUUCCCCCUGGAUUCAGCAGCUUGGUGACGUCUCUUGACAAUACACCAUACAGACACGAGGGGCCGAGCUGCAAUGGCUCCUCAUGGAUCGCCCGUGGUAGUUAUGUGGAAUCCAACCGAGAUGAGUGUAGUGUCUCUCUUGUCUAUGCUGUUCAUCUCAAGAAGCCAGGCUCUGUGUCCUUUGACUAUCAGUAUGUAGACAAAAACAUCUUCUUCGAGUUCUUUAUUCAGAAUGACCAGUGCCAGGAAAUGGACAGGACUUAUGAUAAGAAAUGGAUGAAGCUGACAAACAACGGAGAGUGGGCGAAACACAGGGUCAGUCUGAAAUCUGGUGCAAAUGUGCUGUACUGGAGAACCACAGGUGUUACCGUAGGGGCUAAAGUGGUCAAACCCGUGCUGCUAAAGAACAUGCAGAUAGAAGGUGUGGCAUACAUGUCAGAAUGCUUGCCCUGUAAGCCAGGCAUGUUCAGUAACACUCCUGGCUCUUCUUCAUGUGAACCUUGUCCCAGAGACACCCACUCAGGCCGAGGAGCCAGCUCCUGCACUCCCUGUGACACAAACACACAUUAUGCAUUGGAGGGCUCUGCAGAGUGUAAGCCGAGACCUGCAUGCUCAGAGAAAGACUACUUCCAGAUCCACAGUGUUUGUGAUAAAGAUGGCAAGACACAAAUUAUGUAUAAAUGGAUCGAGCCUAAGAUCUGUCUCGAAGACGCCCCUAAUGCUGUAAAGCUGCCCCCUUCUGGUAAACGUGAGCCAUGCCCUCCCUGCAACCCUGGUUUUUAUAGCAACAAUACUGCUACGUGCUCUCCUUGCCCACAAGGAACCUACUCAGAUGGCCUCAAAGCCUGCCAGCCGUGUCCUGCAGGCACAGAGCCAGCCCUGGGUUAUGAGUAUAAGUGGUGGAACAUUUUGCCCUCUGGCAUGAAGUCAUCUUGCUUUAACGUGGCCAACACGAAGUGUGAUGGCAUGAAUGGUUGGGAGGUGGCAGGUGAUCACAUUCGUUCUGGAGCUGGAGGUUCAGAUAAUGAUUACCUCAUCCUAAACCUGAAAGUUCCUGGGUUCAGGCUACCAACAUCAGUUAGUGGAACCAGUGGGAGCGAGUUUGGACGCAUCACCUUCGUGUUUGAAACCAUAUGUUCAACUGAUUGUCAGCUUUUCUUCAUGAUGGACACAGACAGACGGAGCACUAACGUGGUGGAAUCGUGGGAAGGCAGUAAGGAGAAGCAGUCCUACACUCACAUCAUGACUAAGAAUGCAUCUGUGUCCUACACAUGGGCUUUUCAACGCACUAACCAGGCUAAAGAUGGACGUCAGUAUGUCAACGACAUGGUGAAGAUUUUUUCAAUUACCGUAACGAACGCUCUGGAUGGUGUUGCCUGGGCAUGCAGAGCUUGUGCUAUUGAGUCUCAGCAGCCUGGCUCGGCCUGUGUGCCAUGUUCUGCCGGCUAUUAUAUAGAUGAGCAAACCAAUCAGUGCCAGGAAUGCCCACCCGACACCUUCCUCUCAGGACACCACAUAUACGGCCAAGAGGCAUGUCAGCCUUGUGGACCAGGAGCUCACAGCAACAAGGAGCACAGCUUGUGCUACAGUGAUUGUUCGUUCACACACACCGAGCUCAAUCGAACAAUGCAGUACGAUUUCAGUCCCCUGGGCUCCACAGGCUCCGUCAUGAAUGGUCCCAGCUUCACUUCCAAGGGCACAAAGUACUACCAUCUCUUCAACAUCAGCUUGUGUGGGACACAGGGCCACAAGCCAGCGAUGUGUACAGAUAAUGUUACAGAUCUAUCUGAUAAAGAUUCUCACAGUGGUGAGGCCAACUAUGUAGAAACCUUUAUCUGUCAAUCAACUAUCAUACCCUCUGAUGGGCGGGGCUUCAGGACUGCUGUUGCCUCACAGUCAAUCAUUUUGGCAGACACGUUUCUUGGAGCCACAGUGGAGGAAUUUCUCAAUGGAGUAAAUGCUAGACCAGAACUCUUUGCUGCCUCAUCCAAGAGAGUCCCAGACGUCAAUUAUUUCUAUCGCUCUCCACAGACGACAUCUUCUUGUCAGAAUGGGCGAAAUACAGUACUCACACUCCGUUGUAACCCCGAAAAGUCUUCUAAAGGAGAAAUAUCUGUACCCAGGGAGUGUCCUGCAGGAACCUGUGAUGGCUGCACCUUCUACUUCCUAUGGGAGAGUUUAAGUGCCUGCCCACACUGCACUGCAGAAGACUACCACCAGAUUGAGGGAGCCUGUAAAGGAGGAGUGCAGGACACUGUGUAUGUGUGGACAGAGCCAAGGUUCUGUACAGGAGGAGUAUCUCUCCCAGCUAAGAGGAGCAAGCCAUGUGAGAUGAUCGAUUUCUGGCUAAAGGUGGGAGCUGUAGUGGGUACGUUCACUGCCGCACUCCUUGUCGCUCUCACAUGCCACUUUUGGAAGAAGAACAAAAAGCUGGAGUACAAGUAUUCAAAAUUGGUGAUGUCAGCCAACAAGGAGUGCGAGCUACCAGGAGCAGACAGCUGUGCCAUCAUGGAGGGCGAGGGAGAGGAGGUGGAGGAUGACGUAGUUUACACAAAGCCCUCUUUACUGGGCAAGCUAAAGGCCAUCGCUUCCAAGGGCAACGAGCAGAGCUCCGAGGCUGUCCAGCUGAAAUCCUCCCAGCCAGAGAAAUGGGUGUGGGGAUAGAGGAGAAGAGGAAAAGCAAAAGAGACAUGGUGGAUGAAUGGAUAGAUGGAUGGAGAGAGACUUUGAAGCUGCUCUUCACUUGGGAGCGUGUACGCAUGCAGUGCCACUAAGCCAGACAGUGGAACAGCUUUGGAGAAAAGAGCCAUGGGGAUUUGGGCCAGAAGAACAGAAAGGCAGAGCCUGUAAGACAGUUCUGUUUGAUGUCAUUAUCUUGUCGAAGUGCAACGUGUCUGUCUGUUGGGUUGCGUGUCUCCUUUUGUAAGAAUAUUAUAAUACCAUUAAGGAUUUAGGACUUUGUUAGGCGGGUUAUGGUACUGCACACAAAUGCUAGAAUUCAGGGGCAUUUAUAAAAUAUUUGAGAAUAACACUGAUGUCAAAAUACUGGCUGUGCUAGAAUGUGAUAUUCUGUCAGCUGUGUAUAGUAAUGAAAUCUAAACACUCUAAAUGAACUGAACCAAUGAUAAGCAACUCACAUAUAUCCACUCUGUUCACACCUCCCUUAAAUAAAUAGUCAAAGUGUCUCCAGGAGAAUUGAGUAACUGUGUAUGUAAUAAAUUGGGGGAUGGGGGGUGUAUAUGUUGGACUAAUUAACCUACCAGAUUUGUCACCCAUCUAAUAGAUCUAAAUCAGUAAUUCCAAAUGAUUAAUUUACACAAAUUUGUGUUGGAGUUUUUCUUUGUGAAAUACACUUGAAAUUUCUAGAAGUUUUUUCCAGCAGAAAACCAUUCAACUGUGCAUGAAUCUAAAGCUGGUCGAAAAGUACAGCAUGGUCACAGUGAAAAUCAAAGCUUUUUGUUCCAGUUUAAAUCUAAAUAUUCACAAAACAUUUUCAAAAUCUGAAAACGUGAAAAUCUCGAAUAAUUUACGAUGAAAGAUUCUGCUUUAUUUUCUAACUCACUUUUUAAACCGAAAGCAAAUGUAUGCUUUACUUCCUUAUGCUAAAGUUUCAUGGAAAUUAUCCAUUGAGGGAUGUGAGAGUCAACGCACCAAUUGAUUUGCUCUAACAUCAAAGUUGUAGAGGCCAUGCCAGUUCAUUCUGUUAUUAAGGCAAGAUUAUAUACAUAUUUGUAAGAUUUCACUAAACUGUAAAUGAAAAUGAGAAAGGAAUGCAAGAUCAAUCUAUCCUCAUUUAUGGUCUCAGACUUUUAGACCCCACUUUAAUAUGAUUGUUAGCUCCAUCUCCCACUAAAUGCCUCAAUAUACUGUUUAAGUAUGGCCAUUUUUGAGAUAAGACCAAUUUAAACUGAACAAACUGAUUCUAGCAGAAAGGUUGGUGUGCCUUGGCUUGUUCAUGUUAGGUUUCCCUCUGCUUUUAAUGCCAAUUAAGGAAUGAAUAGUACUGAGUAAAAUUAUUAUCUUAUUAUUUAGAAUUGUGCUCGGAAUGUAAUGAAAGCCAUACCAUUAUGUUCAACUGAAAUGUGGGCUUUCCUUAUUUGGGUUUUGAUAAUAAAGUAAGAUUUGCACAAUA